GCAGCUCAACCUGGAUGAGACAGAUUUGGAUAUGGAUGAUGGAUGAAAACUGUAUAAGCCAACAUGCUGAGUUACAUGCACAGUAACUAAAUCGCACAUGCAAAUGAAAACCCACCUGCAUCUGUGUUAUUCAAGUAAAAACACACUUCAAACAAACGUAUGGAUGCCUGGUCCCCUGAAGAUCAUCACAUGGCAAACUCUAAAUACACAUAUGUGAAGAUGUCCAAAUUGCUCUUUGGAGUAAUUUUGGCCAAUGCAAUGAUCGUGGGCAUGUGUGAAAACUCAAAGAAGGGAGAAUGUGGAUAUCUGGAUACUCCAGACUCAAAUCUUCUGCUCCACAGACAUUCAGUGUACCAGCUUGUGAACGCACCUUUAGGUUUUGAAAAUGCUCAGAAAAAAUGCAAUGGUCAGUUUGGUGAACUCACAAUGCUCAAAGAUGACAAGGAAGGAGCCCAGGAGCUGCUCACCAAACACAACCUGACAGGCCCUGUUUGGUUUCGUGGCGUAAACACAAAAAAACAAAAGCACAGUCAGGUCAAGAAAAAAACGGUCCUCCCAGGUUUAUCCUUUAAGUUCAAGGAUGGCUUUGCUCGUGUGAAUGCGUCUUUCCCAGCGCUGUCAGCGGUGAGCAUUUGCGCGCGUGUUCAGUGGGACCCCCGGCACGAGAACAUCUCCACUGUCUUCUCAUACGCCUCGCCCGUUUUCACCAAUGAAUUCCAGCUGCGCGGACAGGUAGAAGAGUCAAGACCAAAUAAACCUGCAAAAAAGGUUCGACUGGCGCUUCUCAUUAAAGGAGAACAUCCCGCUUACAAAGCCGAGCUGCCGCUUGACGAAAACUGGCACCAUGUAUGCGUCACAUGGCGCAGAAAUGAUACAUUUUGGGCUAUUUAUGUGGAUGGAAAGGAGAGCGAUUCAGGGACAGGGGCAGCCAAUCCUCAGGACAUUCAUGGACAAGGAAUAUUUAUAGUGGGGCAGGACCAGGAUUCCUUUGGUGGAACUUUCACAGAGCCGUUUGUAGGGAACUUGACUGAUCUUAACAUUUGGGACGGAGCUUUGGAGUUGAAGGAGGUGAAGGAGCUGGAAACGUGCUCACAGUUGACCAAUCACAGAGCGAUCUUUAGGUGGGAGGACUGGAACUUGACUGUCCAUCCGUCUGUUAAGAAUGUGUCGGCCACGCUCGACUGUCUAGAACCUCCGCAGAAUGAGGAAUGUGUACUUUUUUUCUCUGAUGGUCACCAUGAGGACAGAUACCCCCCAUGUACAGACAUACAUCCUUUCAUCUGCAAAUUUAGAAAAGAAUGCUAUGUAAAGAUGAAAGAAGUCAAACAGUCUAUGAAGUCCAAUCCGAGCUCCUUCAUGCAACAUCUCAUGAACCUUGGGAUGUCUCCAGAUGAUCUGUUCUCUGACACUGUAGAUGGACAGAACUGGACCUCAGUUUUGCGCCUUUUAAACAUAUCUGAGCAGGCUGUGUCGAAGGAACCGAAAGGCCUAGAGGGCAGGGACAUCAUUUCUCUGAUGCAUGUUCUCUCUCGUGCUGCAAACCUGCCGAGCACAGCAAACAAGAGCUGGCGUGAUGCUGAGAGACUCGGUCAGAGCUUCAUUAACCUGGCAGAUUCACUUCUUAACCAAGACAAUGCCACAUGGAAUAGCAUCAAAGAGGUAGUUAAGGGGCCAAUGGCUGUGAUACAGAAUGUAGACCGCAUGGUGACAAACCUCAACUCUCUGCUGAUGAAUGACACGGACAUUGUGCAGAUAAACAGCACAAAUAUCAAGCUGCAGAUCCAGCAGACUAUUCUGUCCGAAGUCUCUGGUAUUUCAGCAUUUUGUGGGUCAGAUGUGGGAAAUGGUGACUGCAUCUCUAUUAAAGAUAUGAAGGAACUUCAUAACAAUGGCUACAGAAAAGUGACUUUGUUGAAUACAUGGUACAACUCUGUCAAAUGUUUCUCUGACAUCCAGCAAAACACUACUCUUCCUCCUACAGCCACUGAUGGUUCUCUGAAAAUGGUCUUGGGUUCAUCCAUCAUCUCCAGUACAGUGUUGAGAGAUGGAGAGCAUGUCAGCAUUGCUGUACAGUUCACGCUUCAGCAUAUAACUGAGGAAACCUCAAAGGACAUAAUCUGUGCAUUUUGGGAUUUUAAUUUGACACAGGGGGGCGGUUGGUCAAAAAAGGGCUGUUUCAAAAUUUUGUCUCAGAAUAACUCUACUACCUGUUACUGUAACCACACCACAAACUUUGCCUUGCUGUUACAGAUCGAAGAUGUUGAGGAAGAAAGGCAUAAUAUAAGCAUUCAGAUUUUCAGUUUCAUUGCUUCUGGUGUGUCUCUCUGUGGACUCACCUUCACAUUUAUUCUCUUUGUUGCUCUUGGUGUUCCGAAGUCAGAUCGCACUACUGUUCACAAAAACCUAAUAGUGGCUCUGGCUGUGUCUCAGUUACUCCUAAUAUUCAGUGACUGGGCUGCUGAAGAUCAGGUAGCCUGUUGGUUGGUGACAGUCCUCCUACACCUGUUUUUUCUGUCAUCUUUCUGCUGGAUGCUGGUGGAGGGUUUACUGCUGUGGAGUAAAGUCGUCUCUGUUAACAUCAGUGAGGAGAGGAGAAUGAAGCUCUAUUAUGCGCUGGGUUGGGGGCUGCCUGUUGUUAUAGUAGUUGUAACCUUGGCAGUUACUUUGGACCAUUACAAGGCAGAGGAAUACUGCUGGCUGAAUGUGAAGUCGGCUGUUAUUUGGGCUUUUGCCGGACCUGUGCUGUUUGUCGUGUCUGUCAAUGCUGUUGUUCUUUUUCGUGUUGUUAUGGUAACAGUGGCCAGCGCACGUCGCAAGGCAAAAAUGCUGACGCCCAGUUCUGAUUCCAAACUUCAUACACUUGAUCUUACCUGGGCAGCGACACGGCCAGUGUUGAUCUUAUUGCCAGUAUUAGGUUUGACGUGGCUGGUUGGAGUGUUGGUACACUUAUCUGUGGUUCUGGCUUAUAUCUUCAUCAUACUCAAUGGUUUUCAGGGUCUGUACAUUUUCCUGGUCUAUGCCGUGUACAACAGUGAGGUGCGAAAUGCAAUAAAAAGAAUUCAGGAGAAACGAAAAGCUUUAUCGUUUACAAACUGCUCUCAGCCUACCAGCUUCAUGCCCUCUCAGAAAUCCCCCAGUGAAUCAUGGGUACACAGUCAACAAACUCAUUCAAGCCCAGACAACAGUGAAAGCUCAACUCCCAUGAGCAGAUCUCUUGUCUUCAAAAACGAACGCUUUAAAGAGGACAACACUGUCUCAUUAAAAGCUGCCAAUGGAAAUCAGGUGGUGCAACUAACAGCCUUUAAGCCCUCAGGCUAAGGGACGCUUUACCCUAUGCUACAUAGACUUAUUCUGGGAUGAAAACUCAAUAUGUGAUGAAACACACACAGACACACACACACGAGCAGCUUCAGAAAGUUCUGCCUCCCCCGCAAUUCUCCAGGCCUUCUCAUUCCCAGGACCGAAUCUGUGUUGAGUGAGUGAACUCUGAGACUGCACCCGGCCUGACACAUCAAGGCUUUUUAAUAUUGCAUAGAUGUUGUGGCACAAUACAAAAGCUCAUUGUAUCAGAAUUUAACAGCGUGCGCAUCAUCACACCGUUUUUUGUGACCAGACAACAGGAUUUUGUUGUUAGUGAUUGAAUGACUUUGAUAGGAGUUUCACCUAUUCACAGUAAUUCAGGUUCAGUAUUCUACUAGAUAUACUGAUAAACCUAUCACCUGUUUUAUCUUCCUCAGUGGAUUGUGGAAAAUAUCAGAGUAUAAAUGCAAGCAGUGAAUAUUAACACAUUAUUUAAUCGUUAAGUCUUUACAUCUGCUUUAAGUGUCAAAUGUACCUGUAUUGGAUUAUGUGUGUACUGUCCAAACAUGACAAAAUGUAGAAAUACAUUUUUAUAUCACAUCUGGAAAUGUUCUCUCCUUAUAGUGACAUUUAUGUUAUUAUCAUGUUCUGUUAUUAUACUACUAUGGCGCAUAACAAAUAAAUGUAAGAAAUAUUUUAUUGUAAUAGGCAUACCCUA